AUGACCGUUGACGACGGUCCAAUAUUCCGACAGCCCCGUCGGAAACAAAUCGACGUUGGACAAGGAGGAUUUCCCGGUGGUGCGACCGGAGGAUGGAAUGCACCCUAUGGUGGUCAAGGAGGACCAGGCCGUCCACCAGGCCCACCCGGAGGCCAAUUCGUUCGAGCCCCUCCAAUGGCCACACAGAAGCGAUCGCAAAUUCCAGCAGCGGCUCUGGAAGAUAAAGCUCGAAAAUGGAAACAACUGCAAUCAAAGCGUUAUGCUGAGAAGAGAAAGUUCGGAGUGAUUGAUGCGCAGAAAGAGGAAAUGCCUCCAGAGCAUGUUCGGAAGAUCAUAAGGGAUCACGGUGAUAUGACGUCGAGGAAGUAUCGUCACGACAAGCGAGUCUACUUGGGUGCUCUCAAAUAUAUGCCGCAUGCUGUUCUGAAGCUUCUCGAAAAUAUGCCAAUGCCAUGGGAGCAGAUUCGAGAUUGCAAGAUCUUGUACCAUAUCACCGGUGCUAUCACAUUCGUCAAUGAUAUUCCGCGUGUGAUCGAACCAGUCUAUCUUGCACAAUGGGGAGCAAUGUGGAUCAUGAUGAGGCGUGAAAAGAGAGAUCGACGACAUUUCAAGCGUAUGCGCUUCCCGCCAUUUGACGAUGAAGAGCCUCCUCUUGAUUAUGCCGACAAUAUUCUCGAUGUGGAACCGUUGGAGCCAAUUCAAAUGGAAUUGGAUCCCGAAGAAGACGCAGCAGUUUCUGGAUGGCUAUACGAUCACAAGCCUUUGGCCAGCACAAGGUUCGUCAAUGGUCAAACCUAUCGCAAAUGGGCCUUCUCGAUCCCAAUGAUGUCGACGCUUUACCGUUUGGCUAAUCAGCUUCUCACCGAUCUUGUGGACACCAAUUACUACUAUCUCUUCGAUCUGAAAAGUUUCUUCACUGCCAAAGCACUCAAUGUGGCGAUCCCGGGUGGACCCAAAUUUGAGCCACUUGUCAAAGAUGUGAAUACAGAUGAGGACUGGAACGAAUUUAAUGACAUCAACAAGAUCAUCAUCCGAGCACCGAUUCGUACCGAGUAUCGAAUUGCGUUCCCCUAUAUGUACAACAAUUUGCUGAAUUCUCUUCCAGUGCAAGUGGCUUGGUAUCAUGAACCAUCAGUCGUGUUCAUCAAAACAGAAGACCCAGAUUUGCCAGCUUUUUACUAUGAUCCUUUGAUCAAUCCCAUUGCUACGAGUGCAACUGAAAGAGCUGCGGAACCACUACCAGAAGAUGAGGAAUUGGAUGAAUGGGAGCUCCCUGAAGAUGUCAUACCAAUCUUUGAAGAUGUGCCACUCUAUUCGGACAACACUCACAAUGGCAUCGCACUCAUGUGGGCACCAAGACCGUUCAAUCUGCGAUCGGGAAGAACACGCCGCGCUCUUGAUGUUCCACUUGUCAAAUCAUGGUAUAGAGAACAUUGCCCCGCAGGAAUGCCAGUAAAAGUUCGCGUUUCGUAUCAAAAGCUACUGAAGGUGUUUGUGCUAAAUGCUUUGAAACAUCGCCCACCGAAACCACAAAAGAGACGUUACUUGUUCCGAUCAUUCAAGGGGACAAAGUUUUUCCAACAAACCACCUUAGAUUGGGUUGAAGCUGGCUUGCAGGUGCUUCGCCAAGGCUACAACAUGUUGAAUUUGCUGAUUCACCGAAAGAAUCUCAACUAUCUCCAUCUCGACUACAAUUUCAACUUAAAACCCGUGAAGACAUUGACAACCAAGGAAAGAAAGAAGUCUCGUUUCGGAAAUGCUUUCCAUUUGUGCCGUGAAAUUCUGCGUUUAACAAAGCUGGUUGUUGAUGCCCAUGUGCAAUACCGUUUGAACAACGUCGAUGCUUAUCAAUUGGCUGAUGGAAUGCAGUACAUUUUUGGACACGUUGGACAACUUACGGGAAUGUAUCGUUACAAAUACAAGCUGAUGCGACAAGUACGAAUGUGCAAAGACCUCAAACAUGUGAUCUACUAUCGCUUCAAUACUGGACCUGUGGGCAAGGGACCCGGCUGCGGAUUUUGGGCUCCCGGCUGGCGUGUUUGGUUGUUCUUCCUUCGAGGUAUUACACCUUUACUCGAACGAUGGCUGGGAAAUUUGCUCUCUCGCCAAUUCGAAGGUCGUCAUUCUAAGGGAGUCGCAAAGACGGUUACAAAGCAACGUGUUGAAUCUCACUUCGAUUUGGAACUGAGAGCUGCGGUCCUUCACGAUCUUUUGGACAUGAUGCCUGAGGGAAUCAAGCAGAACAAGGCUCGAGUGAUUCUUCAACAUCUCAGCGAGGCUUGGAGAUGCUGGAAAGCAAACAUUCCUUGGAAGGUGCCUGGUCUUCCAACGCCAGUCGAGAACAUGAUUCUUCGUUACGUCAAGGCAAAGGCUGAUUGGUGGACAAACUCGGCUCAUUACAAUAGGGAGCGUGUUCGACGUGGUGCAACCGUGGACAAAACUGUGUGCAAGAAGAAUCUCGGACGACUCACCCGUCUCUACUUGAAGGCUGAACAAGAAAGGCAACACAACUAUUUGAAGGAUGGACCCUACAUCUCGGCCGAGGAAGCUGUCGCCAUCUACACGACCACUGUGCAUUGGCUGGAGUCGCGUCGCUUCUCACCAAUUCCUUUCCCACCAUUGUCGUACAAGCACGAUACAAAACUGCUCAUUUUGGCACUUGAACGACUCAAAGAAGCUUAUUCGGUCAAGAAUCGUCUCAACCAAUCACAAAGAGAAGAGCUCGCCUUGAUUGAGCAAGCAUACGACAAUCCUCAUGAAGCUCUUUCUCGGAUCAAACGUCAUAUGCUCACCCAAAGAACAUUCAAAGAAGUACAAAUCGAGUUUAUGGACCUCUACCAGCACUUGCUUCCUGUGUACGACAUCGAACCUCAUGAGAAAGUUACCGACGCCUAUCUUGAUCAAUAUCUGUGGUAUGAAGCCGACAAGCGAAGAUUGUUCCCAUCUUGGAUCAAACCGGCUGACAGUGAACCACCACCACUUUUGGUGUACAAAUGGUGUCAAGGGAUCAACAAUCUACAAGAUAUAUGGGAAACAUCGGAAGGAGAAUGCAAUGUGAUGAUGGAGGCAAAAUUGGAGAAGAUUUGCGAGAAAGUUGACAUUUUGAUGCUGAACAGAUUGCUUCGAUUGAUCGUUGAUCACAACAUUGCCGACUACAUGUCCGCAAAGAAUAAUGUCACUAUUACGUACAAGGAUAUGAAUCACACGAACUCAUUUGGAAUUAUCCGUGGACUUCAAUUUGCUUCGUUCAUUGUGCAGUACUAUGGCUUGGUGCUCGAUCUGCUGAUUCUCGGUUUGCGACGUGCCAGUCAAAUUACCGGUCCUCCACAAUGUCCCAAUGAGUUCCUCACUUUUCAAGAUAUUUCCACGGAAACCGGCCAUCCAAUCCGCUUGUACUGUCGCUACGUCGAUCGAAUUUGGGUCCUGUUCAGAUUCAAUGCUGAUGAAAGUCGCGAUCUCAUUCAACGAUACCUUACGGAACACCCGGACCCAAAUAAUGAAAACAUUGUGGGAUACAACAACAAGAAGUGCUGGCCUCGAGAUGCUCGAAUGCGUUUGAUGAAACACGAUGUGAACCUUGGACGAGCUGUGUUUUGGGACAUAAAGAAUCGUCUGCCUCGUUCUGUCACAACGAUUGAGUGGGAAAGUUCGUUUGUGUCGGUAUACUCAAAGGACAACCCGAACCUUCUCUUCGACAUGGGUGGAUUUGAGUGUCGUAUUUUGCCAAAAUGCCGAACAACACAUGAAGAGAUCACACAUCGCGAUGGUGUUUGGAAUUUGCAGAAUGAGGUUACCAAAGAAAGGACAGCUCAAUGCUUCUUGCGAGUUGAUGAUGAUUCGAUGAGCAAAUUCCACAACAGAAUUCGACAAAUCCUGAUGAGCUCUGGAUCGACUACUUUCACAAAAAUUGUUAAUAAAUGGAACACUGCUCUUAUUGGAUUGAUGACUUACUUCAGAGAAGCUGUCGUGAACACGCAAGAACUUCUCGAUCUCUUGGUGAAGUGCGAGAACAAGAUCCAGACGCGUAUCAAGAUUGGCCUUAACUCGAAGAUGCCCGCUCGUUUCCCUCCGGUCGUUUUCUACACACCAAAAGAAAUUGGCGGUCUUGGAAUGCUCUCCAUGGGUCACGUGCUCAUUCCACAAUCCGAUCUCCGCUGGAUACAACAAACUGAUUCCGGUGGUGUUACUCAUUUCCGUUCAGGAAUGACUCACGACGAAGAUCAGUUGAUCCCAAAUUUGUAUCGCUACAUUCAGCCUUGGGAAGCCGAAUUUGUGGACUCUCAGCGUGUUUGGGCCGAAUACGCUCUCAAAAGACAAGAAGCAAAUGCGCAGAAUAGACGCUUGACAUUGGAAGACUUGGAUGAUUCCUGGGAUCGUGGAAUUCCGCGAAUCAACACACUUUUCCAAAAAGAUCGACACACCCUUGCUUACGACAAAGGAUGGCGUGUCCGAACUGAAUUCAAGGCUUACCAAAUUCUCAAGCAGAAUCCGUUCUGGUGGACUCAUCAACGUCACGACGGAAAGCUUUGGAAUUUGAACAACUACAGAACGGACAUGAUUCAAGCACUUGGUGGAGUAGAGGGAAUCUUGGAACACACGCUUUUCAGAGGAACAUACUUCCCCACAUGGGAGGGUCUUUUCUGGGAACGCGCCUCAGGUUUCGAAGAGUCGAUGAAGUUCAAGAAGUUGACCAAUGCUCAACGAUCUGGUUUGAAUCAAAUCCCGAAUCGACGCUUUACGCUUUGGUGGUCGCCAACAAUCAACCGAGCUAACGUGUACGUCGGUUUCCAAGUACAACUGGAUCUCACUGGAAUCUUCAUGCAUGGCAAAAUCCCAACACUCAAAAUCUCGCUUAUCCAAAUCUUCCGUGCUCACUUGUGGCAGAAAAUUCACGAGUCAGUGGUGAUGGAUCUUUGUCAGGUGUUUGAUCAAGAAUUGGAUGCACUCGAAAUCCAAACCGUGCAGAAGGAAACGAUCCAUCCCAGAAAAUCCUACAAGAUGAAUUCCUCUUGUGCUGAUGUUCUUCUCUUUGCCCAAUACAAGUGGCCUGUCAGUCGACCAUCGCUACUUCCUGAUAGCAAGGAUAUCAUGGACAAUACGACAACGCAGAAAUACUGGCUCGACAUUCAAUUGCGAUGGGGCGAUUUCGAUUCACACGAUAUUGAAAGAUACGCGAGAGCAAAGUUCCUGGAUUACACUACGGAUAACAUGUCGAUCUAUCCAUCACCAACUGGAGUUCUGAUUGCGAUCGAUUUGGCUUACAAUUUAUACUCAGCAUACGGAAAUUGGUUCCCUGGCAUCAAACCGUUGAUUCGACAAGCCAUGGCCAAGAUCAUUAAGGCAAAUCCCGCUUUCUAUGUGUUGCGUGAACGUAUCCGAAAAGGUCUUCAACUGUAUUCGUCUGAGCCAACCGAGCCGUAUUUGACUUCGCAGAAUUAUGGAGAGCUCUUCAGCAACCAAAUCAUUUGGUUUGUCGAUGAUACAAAUGUAUACCGUGUCACAAUCCACAAGACGUUCGAAGGAAAUCUCACUACGAAGCCGAUUAAUGGAGCUAUUUUCAUCUUCAACCCGAGGACUGGACAGCUUUUCUUGAAGAUCAUUCACACUUCCGUAUGGGCAGGACAAAAGCGUCUUUCACAGCUUGCUAAAUGGAAAACCGCAGAAGAAGUGGCUGCUCUCAUUCGAUCAUUGCCCGUUGAAGAGCAACCCAGGCAGAUCAUCGUGACAAGAAAGGCUAUGCUUGAUCCAUUGGAGGUCCACUUGCUCGACUUCCCCAACAUUGUCAUCAAAGGAUCCGAGUUGAUGUUGCCAUUCCAAGCGAUUAUGAAGGUUGAGAAAUUCGGAGAUCUCAUCUUGAAAGCAACGGAACCUCAAAUGGUGCUCUUCAAUCUGUACGAUGAUUGGCUGAAAACGAUUUCUUCGUACACUGCCUUUUCAAGAGUGAUUUUGAUUAUGAGAGGCAUGCACAUCAAUCCAGACAAGACGAAGGUGAUUCUAAAGCCGGAUAAAACAACAACAACCGAGCCACAUCACAUUUGGCCAAGUCUUGGUGACGAAGAAUGGAUCAAAGUGGAGCUUUCGCUGAAGGAUAUGAUUUUGGCCGAUUAUGGAAAGAAGAACAAUGUCAAUGUAGCCUCAUUGACUCAAUCGGAGGUCCGCGAUAUUAUUCUUGGUAUGGAAAUCUCGGCCCCCUCUCAACAACGUCAACAAAUUGCCGAGAUUGAAAAGCAAACGAAAGAACAAAGCCAAGUCACAGCCACAACUACGAGAACUGUCAACAAACAUGGAGAUGAAAUCAUCACAGCGACGACAUCAAAUUAUGAGACAGCCUCGUUUGCUUCGAGAACUGAGUGGCGUGUGCGAGCUAUCUCAUCGACAAACCUUCACUUGAGAACACAGCAUAUCUAUGUGAACUCGGAUGAUGUGAAAGACACUGGUUACACCUACAUAUUGCCGAAAAAUAUCUUGAAGAAGUUUAUCACAAUUUCGGAUCUUCGAACUCAAAUUGCUGGAUUCAUGUAUGGUGUCUCGCCUCCGGACAACUCGCAAGUGAAAGAAAUUCGAUGCAUUGUGUUGACACCACAGACGGGAACGCAUCAAGUUGUGGCCCUCCCUCAAAAUUUGCCUCGACACGAGCUGCUGAAUGAUUUGGAACCACUUGGAUGGAUGCACACUCAACCCAAUGAGCUGCCACAACUGUCGCCACAAGACGUGACAUUACAUGCAAAAGUGCUGACUGACAAUGCGGCUUGGGAUGGAGAGAAGUCAAUUGUGAUCACUUGCUCGUUUACGCCUGGAUCAGUCUCGCUCACCUCUUACAAAUUGACACCAUCUGGAUAUGAGUGGGGAAAGGCAAACACUGAUAAAGGAAACAAUCCAAAGGGAUACUUGCCAUCGCAUUACGAGAAAGUUCAGAUGCUACUCUCCGACAAAUUCCUUGGCUUCUUCAUGGUUCCAUCAAACGGUGUUUGGAAUUACAAUUUCCAAGGUGUUCGCUUUGAGCCAUCGAUGAAAUACGACUUGUGUCUGGCUCAGCCAAAAGAAUUCUAUCAUGAAGAUCAUCGCCCUGUGCACUUCCGAAACUUUAAAGCCUUUGAUGAUCCACUUGGAAUUUCGGCUGCUGAUCGGGAAGAUUUGUUC